AGCUCAGCGAAAUAGGCUUGAUAUACAGACAACAAAGAGAAAUAAUACGAACUGCACAAAAUGGUGGUGCGGCCCUACAGCGAGGAGCUGAAAUAUCUGGAGAAGAUCAAUGAUCACUGCUGGCGCAUCAAGAAGGGCUUUCAGCCCAACAUGAAUGUGGAGGGCGUCUUCUAUGUGAACAGCCGCCUGGAGCAGCUCAUUCUAGACGAGCUAAAGAACUCGUGCCGUCCCGGCGCCAUUGGUGGAUUUCUGCCGGGCGUCAAGCAGAUUGCCAAUGUGGCUGCAUUGCCGGGCAUUGUUGGCCGCUCGAUUGGAUUGCCCGAUAUUCACUCGGGCUAUGGCUUUGCCAUUGGCAACAUGGCUGCCUUUGAUAUGGAUGAUCCGCUGUCGGUUGUCAGUCCCGGUGGCGUUGGAUUUGACAUCAAUUGUGGUGUGCGACUGCUGCGCACCAAUCUCUAUGAAAAGGAUGUGCAGCCGAUAAAGGAGCAACUGGCUCAAUCGCUAUUCGAUCAUAUACCCGUGGGCGUUGGCUCCAAGGGCGUAAUACCGAUGAAUGCUCGUGAUCUGGAGGAAGCUCUCGAAAUGGGCAUGGAUUGGUCAUUGCGCGAGGGCUAUGCAUGGGCCGAGGACAAGGAGCAUUGCGAGGAAUAUGGCCGUAUGCUGAGCGCCGAUCCGGGCAAAGUUAGCAUGCGUGCAAAGAAACGCGGUCUGCCCCAGCUGGGCACUUUGGGCGCCGGCAAUCACUAUGCCGAGAUACAGGUGGUGGACGAGAUCUAUGACAAGUGGAGCGCCUCCAAGAUGGGCAUUGAGGAGAAGGGCCAGGUCGUUGUCAUGAUACACUCGGGCAGUCGCGGCUUUGGCCAUCAGGUGGCCACCGAUGCGCUCGUCGAGAUGGAGAAGGCCAUGAAGCGCGACCAGAUCGAGACGAACGAUCGCCAAUUGGCAUGCGCCCGCAUCAAUUCUGUUGAGGGACAGAACUAUCUCAAGGCAAUGGCAGCAGCGGCCAAUUUCGCUUGGGUCAAUCGCAGCUCGAUGACGUUCCUCACGCGUCAGGCAUUUGCCAAGAUGUUCAACACGACACCGGAUGAUCUGGAUAUGCACGUCAUCUACGAUGUGUCGCAUAACAUUGCCAAGGUGGAGAAUCACAUUGUGGAUGGCAAGGAGCGCAAGUUGCUCGUGCAUCGUAAGGGUUCCACGCGUGCCUUUCCGCCCCAUCAUCCCCUGAUUCCCGUCGACUAUCAGCUUACCGGACAGCCGGUGCUCGUUGGUGGCACAAUGGGUACCUGCAGCUAUGUGCUCACCGGCACCGAACGCGGCAUGCAGGAAACCUUUGGCAGCACCUGCCACGGCGCAGGUCGUGCCUUGUCACGCUCCAAGUCGCGUCGCAAUCUUGACUACAAAGAGGUGCUGGAUAAGCUGGAGCAGAUCGGCAUCGCCAUACGUGUCGCCAGCCCAAAACUGGUCAUGGAGGAGGCACCCGAGGCAUACAAGGAUGUCACCGAUGUCGUCGACACCUGCCACGCGGCUGGCAUCAGUAAGAAGUGCAUCAAAAUGCGACCAAUUGCCGUUAUCAAAGGCUGAUCAAAUCUAUAUAUAUAUAUAUAUAUAUAUUUAUAUAGUAUAUUAUAUGUAUAUUUAUAUAAAUAAAUCCUUAUAAAUAAAUCUAAUUAUAAGGUUUGUACUUUUAUAAAACAGACAAAUCAUUUCAAAGGCAUCAAAUGUACUUGUUUAUUUAUAUUUUCUAAUUUCAUAUGAAAUCGUUGUAGAAAACUAUUCGCAAUCAUCUAAUGAUAACUUUUGUAUGUUUAUAAAAGAGACAAAUUAUUUCAAACCCA